AAAAAAAAAAAACCCGAGGAGGAGCGAGCGCACCAGGCGAACUCGAGAGAGGCGAGCGAGCGAGAGGGACGCCGCCAGCGAGCCUGCCCCCGGCGCGCCCGUGCCCGGCGCUUGCAGACCCUCGGCCCCACUCCCCGGGCCCUCCACGCCCCUCCCGCGCUAGGGGAGCUCCACGGCGCGUUGCGCGCCUCGGCUUUGACCUUCAGCGAGCCGGAGCCCCCGCGCGCGGAGCCGGCGGCGGCGGGCGGGGGCCGGGCGGGGGCCGGCGCGGAGCCCGGGCGGCGCGGCGGGAGUGCUGAGCGCGGCGCGGCCGGCCCGCCGCUUUGUGUGUGUUCUGGAUUUGGGAAGGAGCUCGCGGCGGCGGCGGCGGCGCUGAGGGAGGAGGCGGCGGCGAGCGGAGCCCGGAGGAGGAGGAGGAGGGGGAGCCGCUCAUUCAUUUUUACUCCGCAUUUCUGCCCCCGGCCGGCCUCGCCCGCGACCCGGACUUCGGGGCAAUCUUGCGAACUGCGUCGCGCCCUCCCGCCGCGGAGGCUCGGGUGUCGGACAGCUUCCCGCUCUGCCUGGGGUCGGGCUUGUUUUUCUCCGCCGAGACGAAUUUGGGCUUUGCCCCCUUUCUGUGCAGUUCCCCCCCCCUCCCUCUUGCCUCUCUGGGUUUGAAAAUGGAGGCCGACGACGCCGACAGCCCGCCCCGGCGCGCCUCGGGUUCCCGACUCCGCCGAGCCCUGGGCCGAGGCUGCCGGCGCUGAGGGGCCGCCCCGCGCCGCCGCCCGCCCGCUCGGCGCACCCGGAGGGUCCCCGGCCGGCGCCGCCUUUGGAGUAUUGUUUCCUUCGCCCUUGUUUUCGGAGGGGGCGAAGACUGAGUUUGAGACUUUUUCUUCCUUUCCCGUUUUUUUUCUUUUUGUUUUCUUUUUCUUUUUCUUUUCUUUCUUUUUUUUUUUUUUUAAUUUUUUUGAGAGAGGGGAAUUUCGUCCCAAAUAAAAGGAAUGAAGUCUGGCUCCGGAGGAGGGUCCCCGACCUCGCUGUGGGGGCUCCUGUUUUUCUCCGCCGCGCUCUCGCUCUGGCCGACGAGUGGAGAAAUCUGCGGGCCGGGCAUCGAUAUCCGUAACGACUAUCAGCAGCUGAAGCGCCUGGAGAACUGCACGGUGAUCGAGGGCUACCUCCACAUCCUGCUCAUCUCCAAGGCAGAGGACUACCGCAGCUACCGCUUCCCCAAGCUCACGGUCAUCACCGAGUACUUGCUGCUGUUCCGCGUGGCCGGCCUCGAGAGCCUUGGGGACCUCUUCCCGAACCUCACGGUCAUCCGCGGCUGGAAACUCUUCUACAACUACGCCCUGGUCAUCUUUGAGAUGACCAAUCUCAAGGAUAUUGGGCUUUACAAUCUGAGGAACAUUACCCGGGGGGCCAUCAGGAUUGAGAAAAAUGCUGACCUCUGUUACCUCUCCACGGUGGACUGGUCCCUAAUCCUGGAUGCGGUGUCUAAUAACUACAUCGUGGGAAACAAGCCCCCAAAGGAAUGCGGGGACCUGUGUCCGGGGACGAUGGAGGAGAAGCCCUUGUGCGAGAAGACGACCAUCAACAAUGAAUACAACUACCGCUGCUGGACGACCAACCGCUGCCAGAAAAUGUGCCCGAGCGCGUGCGGGAAGCGGGCGUGCACGGACAGCAACGAGUGCUGUCACCCCGAGUGCCUGGGCAGCUGCAGCGCGCCGGACAACGACACGGCCUGCGUGGCCUGCAGGCAUUACUACUACGCCGGCGUCUGCGUGCCCACCUGCCCGCCCAACACCUACCGCUUUGAGGGCUGGCGCUGCGUGGACCGCGACUUCUGCGCCAACAUCCCCAGCGCCGAGAGCAGCGAGUCCGAGGGGUUCGUGAUCCAUGACGGCGAGUGCAUGCAGGAGUGCCCCUCGGGGUUCAUCCGGAACGGGAGUCAGAGCAUGUACUGCAUCCCUUGUGAAGGUCCUUGCCCCAAGGUCUGCGAGGAGGAGAAGAAAACAAAGACCAUUGAUUCUGUUACCUCUGCUCAAAUGCUCCAAGGAUGCACCAUCUUCAAGGGCAAUCUGCUCAUUAAUAUCCGCCGAGGCAAUAACAUUGCCUCAGAGCUGGAGAACUUCAUGGGACUCAUCGAGGUGGUGACAGGCUACGUGAAGAUCCGCCAUUCCCACGCCUUGGUCUCCUUGUCCUUCCUCAAAAACCUUCGCCAGAUCUUAGGAGAGGAGCAGCUGGAGGGGAACUACUCCUUCUAUGUCCUCGACAACCAGAACCUGCAGCAGCUCUGGGACUGGGGCCACCGCAAUCUGACCAUCAAAGCUGGGAAGAUGUACUUUGCUUUCAACCCCAAGUUGUGCGUCUCCGAAAUUUACCGCAUGGAGGAGGUGACCGGGACUAAGGGGCGCCAGAGCAAAGGGGACAUCAAUACGAGGAACAACGGAGAGCGAGCCUCCUGUGAAAGUGACGUCCUGCACUUCACCUCUACGACCACGUGGAAGAACCGCAUCAUCAUAACCUGGCACCGGUACCGGCCCCCUGACUACAGGGACCUCAUCAGCUUCACCGUCUACUACAAGGAGGCACCUUUUAAAAACGUCACGGAGUAUGAUGGCCAGGAUGCCUGUGGCUCCAACAGCUGGAACAUGGUAGACGUGGACCUCCCUCCCAACAAGGACGUCGAGCCUGGCAUUUUACUGCAUGGACUAAAGCCUUGGACGCAGUAUGCUGUUUACGUCAAGGCAGUGACCCUCACCAUGGUGGAGAAUGACCACAUCCGCGGGGCCAAGAGUGAAAUCUUGUACAUUCGCACCAAUGCUUCAGUUCCUUCCAUUCCCCUGGAUGUUCUUUCGGCAUCAAACUCCUCUUCUCAGCUCAUCGUGAAGUGGAACCCGCCGUCCCUGCCCAACGGCAACCUGAGUUACUACAUCGUGAGGUGGCAGCGGCAGCCCCAGGACAGCUACCUUUACCGCCACAACUACUGCUCCAAAGACAAAAUCCCCAUCAGGAAGUAUGCCGAUGGCACCAUUGACGUCGAGGAGGUGACCGAGAACCCCAAGACCGAAGUGUGCGGCGGAGAGAAGGGGCCUUGCUGUGCCUGCCCCAAAACCGAGGCCGAGAAGCAGGCGGAGAAGGAGGAGGCUGAGUACCGUAAAGUCUUCGAGAACUUCCUGCACAACUCCAUCUUUGUGCCCAGACCUGAAAGGAAGCGGAGAGAUGUCACACAAGUCACCAACACCACCAUGUCCAGCCGAAGCAGGAACAUCACGGUGGCAGACACCUAUAAUAUCACAGACCCCGAAGAGCUCGAGACAGAAUACCCUUUCUUUGAGAGCAGAGUGGAUAACAAGGAGAGAACUGUGAUCUCUAACCUCCGGCCUUUCACUUUGUACCGCAUUGACAUCCACAGCUGUAACCACGAGGCUGAGAAGCUGGGCUGCAGCGCCUCCAACUUUGUCUUUGCAAGAACCAUGCCUGCAGAAGGAGCAGACGACAUUCCUGGGCCGGUGACCUGGGAGUCAAGGCCUGAAAACUCCAUCUUUUUAAAGUGGCCGGAACCUGAGAAUCCCAAUGGACUGAUUCUAAUGUAUGAAAUAAAAUAUGGAUCACAAAUCGAGGAUCAGCGGGAAUGUGUAUCCAGACAGGAGUACCGGAAGUAUGGAGGUGCCAAGCUUAACCGGCUCAACCCGGGGAACUAUACCGCCCGGAUCCAGGCCACCUCUCUCUCUGGGAAUGGGUCGUGGACGGAUCCCGUGUUCUUCUACGUCCCCGCCAAAAUAACAUAUGAAAAUUUCAUCCACCUGAUCAUCGCUCUGCCUGUUGCCGUCCUGCUGAUAGUGGGGGGACUGAUUAUCAUGUUGUACGUCUUCCACAGAAAAAGAAAUAACAGCAGGCUGGGGAAUGGAGUGCUGUAUGCUUCGGUGAACCCAGAGUACUUCAGUGCCGCAGAUGUGUAUGUACCUGAUGAGUGGGAGGUUGCUCGGGAGAAAAUCACCAUGAGCCGAGAGCUGGGGCAGGGCUCGUUUGGGAUGGUCUACGAAGGAGUUGCCAAAGGCGUGGUUAAAGAUGAGCCCGAAACCAGGGUGGCCAUCAAAACGGUGAACGAGGCCGCGAGCAUGCGUGAAAGGAUUGAAUUUCUCAACGAGGCUUCAGUGAUGAAGGAGUUCAAUUGUCACCAUGUGGUGCGGUUGCUGGGCGUGGUGUCCCAGGGCCAGCCGACGCUGGUCAUCAUGGAACUGAUGACGCGGGGCGAUCUCAAAAGUUAUCUCAGGUCUCUGAGGCCAGAAAUAGAGAAUAAUCCAGUCCUAGCACCUCCAAGCCUAAGCAAGAUGAUCCAGAUGGCUGGAGAGAUUGCAGACGGCAUGGCAUACCUCAACGCCAACAAGUUUGUCCACAGGGACCUUGCUGCCCGGAACUGCAUGGUGGCUGAAGAUUUCACGGUCAAAAUCGGAGAUUUCGGUAUGACAAGAGAUAUCUACGAGACAGACUAUUACCGGAAAGGAGGGAAGGGGCUGCUACCUGUGCGCUGGAUGUCACCCGAGUCCCUCAAGGAUGGGGUCUUCACCACUCACUCUGACGUCUGGUCCUUCGGGGUCGUUCUCUGGGAGAUCGCCACGCUGGCCGAGCAGCCGUACCAGGGCUUGUCCAACGAGCAAGUGCUUCGCUUCGUCAUGGAGGGCGGCCUUCUGGACAAGCCGGACAACUGCCCCGACAUGCUGUUUGAACUGAUGCGCAUGUGCUGGCAGUACAACCCCAAGAUGAGGCCUUCCUUCCUGGAGAUCAUCAGCAGCAUCAAGGACGAGAUGGAACCCAGCUUCCGGGAGGUCUCCUUCUACUACAGCGAGGAGAACAAGCCGCCGGAGCCGGAGGAGCUGGAUCUGGAGCCGGAGGACAUGGAGAGCGUCCCCCUGGACCCCUCCGCCUCCUCGUCCUCCCUGCCGCUGCCCGACAGACACUCAGGACACAAGGCCGAGAACGGCCCGGGCCCCGGCGUGCUGGUUCUGCGAGCCAGCUUCGACGAGAGACAGCCUUACGCGCACAUGAACGGGGGACGCAAGAACGAGAGGGCCUUGCCUCUGCCCCAGUCUUCGACCUGCUGAUCCUCGGAUCCCGGAUCCCGUGCAAACAGUAACGUGUGUGCACGCUCGGCGGCGGGUGGGGGGAGAGAGUUUUAACAAUCUAUUCACAGCCUCCUGUACCUCAGUGGAUCUUCAGAACUGCCAUUGCUGCCCACGGGAGACGGCUUCUCUGCAGUAAACACAUUUGGGAUGUUCCUUUUUUCAAUAUGCAAGCAGCUUUUUAUUUCCCUACCCGAACCCUUAACUGACAUGGGCCUUUAAGAACCUUAAUGACAACACUUAAUAGCAACAGAACACUUGAGAAUCGAGUCUCCUCACUCUUUCCCAGUCUCUCCUCUCAUUAUCUGUCUCCCUCCCUCUCCCCCCGCCCCUUCUCUCUCUCUCUCUCUCUCUCUCUCUCUCUCUCACCUUUCUCUUUCUUUCUGCUUCAUGAUAGAAAAACAUUUGCCGCAACCCCAGCUGGGACACCCUUUUGAUCAGAUUGAGGAAAUGGCUGUCCCUCCCUGCGGCCCCCACCCCCAUUGCCCCUGUACACACCUGCCUGUCACCGUAGGUCUUUAUAAACAAAACAAAACAAAACACCUUGAGACGGGAUUUUUUUAACUGUAUCUUUAACCUUUUUAGGGACAUAACGAGAUUUAAAAAGGGCCAUCAUUCAUUCAAGGUUGUCACCAUUUUAAUGCUGCCAAAUUCUGCCAAAACCCUGAACUUCCUCCCUCACGACCCCCGCACUUAUCUCCUUGUUUCCAGAGGCAUGGGGCGAGCAUGGUAUCUAGUCACGUCAUUUAAGAGCCACGUGGAUGAUGCACUCCAUCUGGUCGCCCCUGGCGUUCUUUUCAAGUCUUACGUUCACACAGGUCUGAUCGCUUUCUGACUAGGCUAUUGUUUGGGGGGAAGUGGACAGGAUGGGAUUUUCUCUCAGUGGAGACUGGGAGAAGUUGAACCCGGCUUCCCUGCCCCUCUCCCCCACCCCCACCUGCUAGCCCCCCGGAAUUGUGGAGGAAACAGGCCCUGUCGUGAGCCUGGAAGACAGGCUUUGAGUCAAGGUCAUCCACGUGCCAGUCUCCUGUUCCCCACCCCUGCCCUUGGCCCCCCGCUCCCGGCCCCCAGGACACAGAUGGGAAGGGGUUUCCAGGGACUCAGCCCAACUGUUUAUGCAGGUUUGCAAGGAAAAGAAAUUCAAAACACCACCACAACAGUAAGAAGCAAAGCAGUAAAUGGAUUCAAGCAUUCUAAGCUUUGUUGACAUUUUCUCUGUUACUAGGACUUCUUCAUGGGUCUUACAGUUCUAUGUUAGACCAUGAAACAUUUGCAUACACAUCGUCUUUAAUGUCACUUUUAUAACUUUUUUACGGUUCAGAUAUUCAUCUAUACGUCUGUACAGAAAAAAAAAAAAAAGCUGCUAUUUUUUUUGUCCUUUAUCUUUGUGGAUUUAAUCUAUGAAAACCUUCAGGUCUACCCUCCUUCCCUCUCUGCUCACUCCAAGAAACUUCUUAUGCUUUGUACUAGAGUGCGUGACUUUCUUCCUCUCUUCCCAGUAAUCGAUACUUCUCGAACAUAAUUUGCCAUGAACUGUUUGAUGCCUUUUUAUAAAUACGCCCUCCCCUCCCCGCUCCCCCUGCCCGUUAGUUACGUUCCCACCCGUAGGCUGUGUGGGCACGAGGCUGGCGAGGGAGGCAGCGCCCCCCACCCCCCACCCGGCCUGCUCUCUCACCGCGCUGGAGUCUGUUACAGUGCAAGACAUGACGCGAACUCAGGUCAGAAAACAAAAGGUUAAAUACGUCGCACGUCCUCGUUCAGUGUCUCUAGUCGCGUUGUUGGACAGUCUCACCUUCACUUUCCCUCACCUUCGUUUUGGUUGUGACACACAUAUCUCUAUUUUUUUAAUUCCUGGGUACAACAGCAGUUUGAACUGCAGACGCUAGGCAUUUGGAUUACUUCUUUUUUUUUUUUUUUUUUUUUAUGGAUAUUUAAUCCUUCCAUCCCAUGAAAAACAGCUGCUGAGUCCAAGGGUGCAGCGGAGCGGGGUCCGGCGGGCCCCUCCAUGGCCUCCGCCACCACCCUCCAGACCCGCCUACCUGUCUCCAGAACCAGAAACUCCCUGGGGGGCCUCCUGGGCACUGGGGCGGAGGGAGCCACGGGGGUGGCCUCCUCAGGGCGUCAGCCGGCCCCCCACCCCCACCCCCUCCAGGGUGCAGGGCCGGAAGGGUCGGGCACGCAUGGGCACCAUGGUGGCCCAUGGCCCUGGAGCCCGGUGCGCUCCCCGGGGGGGGGGGGGGGGGGCGCAGGGGAGGGACCAGAGCCCUGGCGCUGGCUCGCUUCUCCUCGGCCAGGAAUCCCAGUCCUCGGGGCCCGGGGGUCUUGUUUUGUUUAGUUUUUAGCACUUCUCACCAGAGUGAUGACAGCACCCGAGUUGCUUCUGGGAUGGAAAUGUUUCAAUUACGAGGAGGAACAAAGCUAAAGUCUGAUGGUUGCUAGUCGUGACUGGAGACGAAACACGAGAAAGCAAGCAUGUCGUGCUUUUUCUGGUCAGUACCUUAAGUCCUGCGAUGUUCUCUAGCCUCUGCCCCAUGGUUUUUCUCCCUUAAGGAAAAAAAAAUGAGAAAAAGAAAAAAAGUUAAGAAGGUAUUCUAUGUAGGAGUUUUAAUUUAUUUUGUGAUACCGGUUUCAAUCACUGUAGAGAAGCCCCCAGUGAUGAAUUUAAAUACUGAGGAAAGGGUUUUGUGUGCGUGUGCGUGUGUGCGUGUGUGUGUGUGUGUGUAAGACAGGACAGUUUUCGGGUUUCUUUUGGUUUUUUGGUUUUGUUUUCGUGUUUUGGUUUUGGUUUUGGUUUUCAAACAUUUAUCUACCUCACUCUUCUUUUUUAUAUGUGUAUAUAUACAGAAGAAUACAUAUCCCAUCUCUCAGCACCUGACAAUAUGCCGUUGAUAUCGGUAACCUCAUCCACACCACAGGCCGAGCACAUGAGGCAGGGAGAGGCCAGGAGGCUGUAUUCGGGGGUCGAAGCAACACUAACCCGCCUCUGCGCUCAUUUCAGACAGCUUGCCUUUCUCCCAGAUGUCUCGUUUCUUUCUCCUCCUCCUCCUCGCUUGGUCUCCUAAGAGGCUCCUCCUUAGGAUUCCCUUCCUGGUGGGUGGGGGGAGGCCGCCCGGCUGUCCCAGGCCGUCACUGAAACGGACUUUGCGCAGAGUGAAUGACACACAGAUUCUGUCAUCCGGAAGAGCGCUCGUUUUGCAGGUUUUGAGGACAGGGAGCACCGCGGGGGGGCAGUCAGUCUCUGGGCGUAACCGCACCUGUACGCGCGCGGUGUCCGGGUCUCGGGCCGCCGCUCUGGCCGCCAAGGCCCAGGCCUGCGCCGGUUCAGUUCGGUGGUGCGGCCACAUCAGCGCUUUGAGCGCCCGGCCCGCCAGGCCUCCUGCCCGAGAAAGCAGGCCUUCCUGCACUCGAGGAUGCACGCGGGAGAAAAGCUCCCCCCCCCCCGCCCCCCAGACUGUUCCUCCAUCUCACCCUCCUCUCCUCCUCCCCCGGGGAAAAGAGAGACCAAACCUGCGGGCUGGAAGGGGCUGGCUGUUGGCGCCCGGCCUCCUCCCCGGGUGGCACUGCCUCCCGCCCGGGGCCUCACCUCCAUCCCAUCACCUGCUGCUCCCGGGCGGACGGCGCGCUGCCCGCUUCCAGACGCUGCUCUCGCAGGCACCGGUGAUCCUAUCUGGGAGACGCGGUGGCGGUUUUCCCGAAGGGCAGUGGCUCCUUUCAGAUCCCACACCGCAGUUCCGUCCUGCGAGCACACUACUCUCUUUCCCCAGCCCCCUGGCAUCUUAAGGUCACUGAGAAAUACUGUCGGAUCAGGGUUUUCUUCUUCCGCACUGUAGGUGACCCCUGGGAAUAGUAGCCUCUCCUCUUUUGCACAAACCUACCGGUUUCCACAACUGGAUUCCUACAGAUCAUUCAGCUGGUUCUAAGGGUUUUGUUUCAACUGUCCUCGAGUUGUUGGUGUCCUUCUGUCUUUGUUUUACGUAGGUGGUUUCUCUUUAAGUAGAAAGAAAACAGUAAUAGCAUAGUGCCCAUCCUAACGAAAGCUUCAGAGACACUUAAAUAAAAGAAAAUUUUGCUUGCGUGACGGUGCAGUCAUUUUACUGGACCAAACCACCCACCUUGACUUUACCAAGGCAUCAUCUGUCCACAGUUCUAGCCUCAUUUUAUGCUGAUUUUCCCACCUCUUCUUGAUUUUUCUCUUUCGUAUGCUCCACAUAAUUUAAUCAAGCUGCGUUGUGGCAUUUUUCCACGCAACCUCCUCCUGACAGCAGCUCACGCUGCUUGAAGUGACGUGAACCACUGAGGCACAUCAUGGAAUUGAUGUGAGCAUUAAAACGUUAGCACACACAGCCCUUCCCCGAGGCAGCAGGAGCUGGCGUGUUCUGGAGACACUGUCGAACGUCAGCCGUGUGACGCCCAGACCACUCCAGCUCUCCUUUGUGGGAUGUCGUGACGUUUGACACACAGUUGGAAUGAGCUUCCUCCUUGGAAGAUGGAAGACCGUGUUCGUGGCCGACAGCGGCCUCUCCUUCCAACCUGUCUCUUAGGACUUAGGACGACAUUUCAAUGGUAGGAAAAGUGGCUUGGUAAAAUUAAAAAAAAAAAAAAAAAAAAAAAAAAAAGUGGUGACUGUGGAACUACCCGACGGCAAAAUGCUUGGCGUGAGGUGUGGUGUGUUUUGGUCGGGAUAACAGAUUUCCGAGCCGAGUAUGAUGCCAAAUUCUAGGCCAGUCUGUCCCACCAAAGCCUCUUUCUCAGCGGCUCACCUCCGUUGGUGGGUGGCUGUGCAUGAUGCAGGCUGCUGUUGUGGCAAGGUCACACUAUAGCUCAGAUCGGUGAGAAGGCUAGGAUGCUUGGCCCAAGGUCCUCAGCUGUCACUGCCGGGUCCUCCCGGGGCGGCCAGUGUCAAAGGCAACUCCUUUCCAAAACAUAGGCACCCUCCGGUUGACAGUAAUGCUCCACAGUAUGCCUUGGCCCAUUCCAGCAGUCCCAGAAACGCAUUUAAGGUUUGGGGUUCUUUUGUUACUGUUACUUCUGUGUCUGUCGGCUGUUUUUGUCAUUGUUGUUGUUUUUGUUUUGUUUUUUUAAUUUCCUGGGCUAAGCAGCAUUGGGCGAUACGGACCAGAUCCACUCUCUAAGCACCAGUGAUGAAAGUCAAACUUUCUUCCUCCCCUCUGACUAGUCGGUGGCACAAAUGAGAACUUCAAGAGAGGAUGUUGUGUAGAUUGAACCUCUGUUGCCAGAGAUGCUGAAGAUACAGACCUUGGACAGGCCAGAGGGUUUCAUUUUGGGCGUCCGGCUUAGAUGGCUAGUUGGUCAUUUAGAGAAAAAGCAGAUGAACACUCCUUGAGGGUGGGAUGAUCAGGCAGCGGGAAACCACUGUACCAGGGUCAUGACGUGACAUGGAGCAGAGUGGCGAGCAGAAGGUACAGGGCUAGCAAGAAGUGUGGGCCACGUUUUGAACUUGAUGGUUUCUGACGGUAUCAGACCACAUCAAGGCGCAACAGUCAUCCAAGGGCAUUUGGUUUCAACAAAUAAACCUGACAUCCUACUUUGGAAACGGUCGUUGCAGUUAAGUGAGAUCGUUCAAGAAUGCGAACUGCAUCACAACGGUCGGUUGUCAGUUCUGGGGCAUGACUUUAGGGUUUUGUUUUACUUUGUUAUGCAAGAACAUAAUGAUCACUCAUCUGUACGUCCACGUUUGUGUGUGUCCACAUCUUUCUGGUAAACAUUGUUUUAAUUAGUCACUCAUUAGUGUUUUCAAUAGGGCUCUUAAGUCCAGUAGAUUACGGGUAGUCAGUUGACGAAGAUCUGGUUUACAAGAACUAAUUAAAUGUUUCAUUGCAUUUUUGUAAGAACAUAGAAUAAUUUUAUAAAAUGUUUGUAGUUUAUAAUUGCCGAAAAUAAUUUAAAGACACUUUUUUUCUCUGUGUGUGCAAAUGUGUGUUUGUGAUCCAUUUUUUAGGACACCUGUUUACUAGCUAGCUUUACAAUAUGCCAAAAAAAAAAAAAAGUUUUUGUUUUUGUUUUUUUUUCCCCCUGACCCAGGCCGUUGGUUCACCCUCUUUUCCCCCAUGCUUUGUGCCCUAGUUUAUAACAAAGGAAUGAUGAUGAUUUAAGAAGUAGUUCUGUAUCUUCAGUAUCUUGGUCUUCCAGAACCCUCUGGUUGGGAAGGGGAUCAUCUUUCACUGGUCAUUUCCCUUUGGAGUGUAAGACUGAAGGAGCCUCAUUGGCCAAGCACACAGCAGAGGCGUUGCAGCCCAGCGGUGGCCCUGGCGCUCCUGAGCAUCUGGUUUGGUUGGUCGGGCCGUCACCGUGGGCAUGCAGUGCCUGGAGAGGGAAGGACCUGAUGGCGCGGUGAUCACAGCAUGCAGACUUAUCACGCUAAUGAUAACUCUGUGCGCACAGGCCGUUUGCUUACAUGCCUCAUACCGUGAUUAGCGCUUUGUUCUAACAAGGAAGAGACCCUAUUUCUUUUCUUUAAGGCAGAACACCGAAGAUACAUUUUUCCAGUCCAAAACAAGUCCUUUUGCGUAAAAAGUACACACACACACACACACAAAAAUGUGUUUAAGUCGGACUCCAUUUCCUCUCGCUCCCAAUGGAUUAUUGGCCAUGUCUACACUACUCCACAAAAUCUCCAUCGUUAGAAACAUCUGGAUGUUUUGCACUACAUGGGAGAAAGGUCCAGAAACAAUUGGUUUUUUGUUUUCAACUGUUCAUUCAGAUGUUUGGCGUUGCAUACACACACCCAAAGGUGGAACAGGUGCUUGGCGAAAACACCUGUCUGCUUUCUAAGCCAGUGAGGUUGAGGUGAGAGGUUUGCCAGCGUGUCUACCUCUGGGGCAAAGAGAAAAAAGAAUCAAACCAGAAGGCGCAAUGGAAUGGAUGCAUCGCAAAUAAUGCAUUUUCUGAGUUUUCUUGUUUAAAAAAAGUUUUUUAAAAAAGUAUAAAAAAAAGGUAAUAACAUGGCCAAUUUGUUACAUAAAAUGACUUUCUGUGUAUAAAUUAUUCCUAAAAAAAAAAAAUCCUCUGUUUAUAUAAAAAAAAUCAGUAGAUGAAAAAAAUUUCAAAAUGUUUUUGUAUAUUCUGUUGUAAGAAUUUAUUCCUGUUACUGCGAUAUACUCUGGAUUCUUUACAUUAUGAAAAAAAAAAAGAAACUUUGUCUAUUUUGAAUGGCUGAAGCUAAGGCAACUUUAGUUUCUCUUACUCUGCUUUUUUCUAGUAGUUAAAGUACUACAUGGUUUAAGUUAAAUAAAAAGAAUUCUGUAUGCA